UGUAAAUAUGUUAGACUAUAAUAUAACUUUUAAUAUAGAUUCAGGUUACCAUACUAAUAUAAGUACAUGUUGAUUGUUUAGUGUUUGUUACAUCACAAUUAUGCCUUCGUUAUUCCGACGUAUGAGACAACCAACGAACAAUUAUAUUCCCCCAAGAAAAUUUAAGGAAAAAAACAUUCUCUCCGCAAUAUUGGGGACGGCAACCAUUGUUGUGCUUUGUGCAAGUUUAGCGGAACCAAUGUGGUUUGAAUUAAAGGGAGGACAAUGCUGUCAUAGUUUCCUGGGGUUAAAAACAUUUUUCUCUACCAUUGGGACUGGAUAUUUUCAAGAAGAUAUAUUGUAUGACGAACCUCUGGACUGUGAGAAGGAAAAUAUCUCUGGUCAUGUUUCAUACCAACAUUGCAUCAACUCGCGUACGUUGACUUUAAUUCAAGUUAUCAUUGUGUUUUGUUUCCUCGCUAUAAUAAUGAGUUUGUUUUCGUUUAUACUUGAUGUUAUCGCACCAAGGCACAAACCUUUCUGGAAAGUUUUAAAAAGAUAUUCUUUUGGUUACGUCAGUACAGUUCUACUUUGCGCCACGAUGGUUGGCUUUUCAUAUUGGGCGUCACAGGAGAUUUUCACUCUCCAAUAUCAACAUCGACUUUAUGAAGGCAGCAAAGUGACGGUUAGCUUCAGUAUAGGGGUGUACCUCAUCGCGUGCGCUGGGGGGAUAGCUGUCUUGGCGACGGCGUCCAACCUUAUGAGGCAAUAUCCAACUGAUGAAGAAGAACAAGCUGCAAGGUUGAUGGAAGAGGAAUCGGAAGAUGAAACGACAUGGUCUUCUUCUGGAAGGCCUCCCCCUUAUGCUCCUUGAUUUGUAUUUAGCCAAAGAAAAGACAUAAAGAAUACCGACACAAUGUUUUAAAUACACAUCUAGAAGAUAAGACGACAUGAUCAUCUAUUAGAAGAACCUAUCUUAUGCUCCAUAAUAUAUAUUAAACUAAGAAAUUAAAGAUCAAGAAAUUACUCUAAAUAUGCUGACUUCUAUCUGGUAAUCCAUGAUUAUAAUCAACUAAAGAUAUGAAAACAGACCAUGCAGACCAUAUAGACAAAGCAUUAUUUUUAACAAAUUCUAGACCUUUAAAAAUUAUACUCUAGACCACCUGCUGCAUGAUUUAUAUUAAACUGAAAAAGGGGAAUAGAAUAUGCGGACACAAUGUAUUUCUUAACAAUUAUUUACCCCAAUGAAACUUGGUUUUAAAUGCACACUCAAAAGAUAAUACAACAUUGUUCUCAUAUUUCAAGUCUCUGUUUUAAAUAGUAUCACAUGUCAUUUGUUAAA